GGGAGUAAAAGUAGCGAUAAGCCUGCGUCUGUCUGUGUGUGGGGGCAGUGGGGAGAGUGGCCGAGGUUUAAGGUUUCCAUUAGCGAUGAAGCCGGGCCCGGUUGCUCCGUGGCUCUGGUGUGGUUGGCAUGUCGUGCUGGGUUUGUAGCCGGGUGGGGGUGGUGGCGCUGGUUGAAGUAUCUCUCUUGCUUUCUUCUUUUUUUUCUUUCUUUUUCUUUUCUUUUUUAUUUUAAUCUCUUCAGAAGCCCCGGUAUGAAAUCCAGCUUUAGUUGCUGCCCCGAGCCUGGCUUGUCCUCCUGAAAGACGUUUUCUGCAUGCCAUCGAGUGGCAGUGCCGUAGCCACUGGCCUUUCUGUCUCCUUGUUUCUCAUUGAACAGGCUUUAACUGCUUUGCAGUCUGUGUGGUAACAGUUAAGCAUACUUCUCUACGUCAAUUCUAGACGUAUGGGUAGGGAACUUUGUCUUAGCUUUGCAGACGUAGAAUUUGCUGUUGCAUUUCCACACAGCAGUUUUGUGAUAGAAGAUUACACAGGACCUGGCAGUUCUGUGCCCAUUGCUUGUUUAGUUAAAUGGAGCCUGACUUGCAGCUUACCCUCCUUGCUGUCACUUUUCCCAUAAAACAGCCAAACAAAUCACUUUGCCGUGUCGUCACCUCCUGUGCUAGGAUUAAUGUCUUUAAGAGUUUAGGUGUACGGUAGUAAAUUGUGGUUGAGGUUCUGUUCUUUGCUCUCAUUCAGUGAGAUCUAUUUGCUUGCCAAGGAAUGCUCAGUGAGCAGGCUGUUGUGCACCAGAUCUGGGUGUUGUUUCUUUGGUUUGCUAUUGGGCUUGCCAGUGUUAUAGUCAGAAUUACUUCUUGUGUUGCCUUGAGUUCCUAAUUUUAAAAAUGAAAAUAAUGGGAUUUUCGUGCUUUAAGCCCGUUCCUGUUGUGAAUUCAUAGUGAUAUUCCCUGAGAAGAUCAAAGGGGUAAAACAGGUGCACAGCGUAGGCCAGACAUGCAACACCGGUGUUCCCUAAAAUGUGUUCUAAACACUGGUCUGAAGUAGGAGAGUUAAUGCCCUUCUGGCCCAAAUUUCCCCCAAGAUAAGCCAGAUGUUGCAAUGGGUCACGCUGCUGAUGAGUCACUGCAGAGGGUCACAAACUAUUUCUUUAUUUAGUGCCUAGCAGUUUCGCACAAUAAAACCAACCUUCUCCUUUGUCUUUUUCCUGCCUGCCACUCUUCACUGCACAGUUUGCUUGCUAACUUGAGGUGUUUCUCCAGAAUGUGCACGAAAGAACAACCUAGCGGUUUUGAAGUUCACCCAUGAGCUUCGGCCACUUUCCUAGAAGGUGUGCUAAAGAAAUGACAGUGUAGCUGGAUAUUAUCACAAGUUGUUGUUUCUUUUCUUAUUAGUUCUGUGUUUUUAAUGCAGGUUUUGCAGAGUCCUGUAGUUAUUUGUGGAGUUCAGGAAUUGGGUGUGUUGGGGGAAGAAACGCCCUUUGCUUCCUGCUGUGUCUUUGGCCAGUAUCCCUUAGCUUCAUGUAAGAUAAAGUUGCAAAAGCAAGUUCAGCCCCUAGAGGUUAUUGCUAUGUUACUUAAGGGUAACAGCACUGGAAGUGAAACAAAAAUGGCUAUUUAUUUCGGAAAAACACAUUUGUGCUGUGGAUUUUUUCCCAGACUGCAGAUAGGGGUCAGCUGCAAAUGGAGAGUUGUUAAGGCCUAGCUGAGGGUUAUCCGUGUUGCCCUUUGCAACAGUGAUUUUUAUACAGGAUUCUGUCUCGGUAUACAUAAUCUCAGGAAGCAGCUGAUAAAACUGUGCACCUACGUGCGCUAUCCCUUGCUAGGAUGGCAUGUUACUUCUUCAAGCCUUUAGCGCUGAUAUUUCAGAACUCGAUCAGAUUUCUUGGGAUCCACGCUUUGGUGCAGCCAGAUCAAUGAACCUCUGAAAACUCUCUGAGAGUGGUCACACAGGACUGACGGACUUGAACUGGAGGAGGGAAGAUGAUGUCCUUGGGUGGAAUGCAGAAGAAGAUCAGUAACCCGGUCAUUCCCUAUGUUGGGACAAUUCUUGGUGGCCUUGUUCCUGGAGAGCUGAUUGUGAUACAUGGAAGUGUUCCUGAUGAUGCAGAUAGGUUCCAGGUGGAUUUACAGUGUGGCAGUAGCAUAAAGCCUCGAGCUGAUGUGGCCUUUCAUUUCAACCCCCGCUUCAGACGGUCUGGCUGCGUUGUUUGCAACACCCUGGAGAGGGAAAAAUGGGGCUGGGAAGAAAUCACUUAUGAGAUGCCUUUUCAAAAAGGGAGACCAUUUGAGAUUGUCAUCAUGAUUCUAAAGGAUAAAUUCCAGGUGACUGUAAACAAGAAGCACUUGCUGCUCUACAAUCACAGAAUUAGCCUUGAAAGGAUAGAUACUCUUGGAAUAUAUGGCAAAGUGCAGAUCAAAAGUAUAGAGUUUGUUUCUAAUUCUGUACAAGGCUCUCAGCCAUCAUCUGUAGGAGUAACAAAGAUAAACACAGAAAAUGGGGAAAUGCCAGAUGGUUUGCAAUUCGGAGUUCCUUAUGUUGGGAAACUUGAUUCUGCACUUCAUCCAGGAUGCACAGUUGCUAUUAAAGGAGAAGUGAAUAAAAACCCAAAGAGCUUUACAAUAAACCUGAAAUCAAGUGACUCAAAAGACAUUGCAUUACAUCUGAAUCCCCGAAUGAAGAAUAAAGUUCUUGUAAGAAAUUCUUAUCUUCAUGACAGCUGGGGAGAAGAAGAAAAGGAAGUCGCUAAUUUCCCUUUCAGUCCAGGGAUGUACUUUGAGCUGAUCAUUUUCUGCGAUGCCCACCAGUUCAAAGUUGCUGUUAAUGGUGUUCACACCCUGGAGUACAAGCAUCGUUUUAAACAACUUGAAAAGAUCAACCUACUGGAAGUCACAGGAGACGUUCAGUUAUUAGAUGUGAGGAGCUGGUAGUUCUUUUCAGUCAGUACUAAAUGAAUUAAACCUAUUCUUAGAACAGUUCUGUCAAGUACAAACUGGUACCAACUCGUGCUGAGCCUGCCUUUGUCUAUCCAGGCUUCUGUGUCAGUCUGAGUUAGGUGAGUUCCAGAACUGCUGUGAGAUUAAAUCCUCCACUAGUUUCCAGUAUCCUGGCAAGCUAAAUGUCUGCUCAGAUAAAUUACCUGCAUUACUGAACCUAGCAAUAUGAAAAUGGUGCAUCGUACUGUGUCUUAACAAUUGCGCUCAGUAUGAUUAACUACUACUAGUCAUUCCUUAACAGUGUACAUUCAAAAAGUGAAGUAGAAAUUAGACUGAAAUAGAAUAUGAAGAUAUGCCUAUCCAUCCUCAAAGGGGGAUGGAUCGCUCAUAAAAUAAUUAUGAAAUAUACUCUUCUGCUUAAUUUAUAGUAGUGAUUAUAACCUUUUUGCCGUGACUGGUUUAAACAAAAAGCUGACUCGUCAGUUCUUGUGAAAGACAAGGAGGAAUGCGGUCAACUUCUUAGCCUGCUGCUGCUGCAGUAGUACCUUCUCUGACUCUCCUAGUAAUGUCGUCUCCUGCUUGUAAGUAAGUGGCUUAAAUCAAACCUAGAGCAGCACUUCUAGCUUUUAGUUUUCCAAAGUGAAACAAAUGAAAAUGAUAUAGCUGGCUCUGGUGCAUUGAGCUUGGAAUGCUUAUUUGAUCAGAAAUGGUUCCCAGCUGUGCUGAGAUUGCUCAGGGACUAAAGUAGAUGCCUCUGUUUUUCGUUUUAAAAUGUGUGAACCCAGAAUACCCUGAGUUGAGACUCGGAGAUUCUCAUCACUAGAAUAGAGAACGAAUCCUUUUGCAGUCUUGUAUUAAAAUGUUAGUUAAAAAAAGUUGUUCAUAUUUAACCAGUUUUCCUUACAACUGUCAGUCUUAAUUUUUAUAUAUGCUUAUUUUUAAAAAUAAGUAAGUUGCUGCUGGCUGUCAGUGCUUGCCUGAGGGUUGUUUCUUUUUAUUUUAACAGCUACUGAAAGAGUGAAAGUUUUGAGAAUAAGAUGAUGUACCUAAAAAGCUGUUUAAGAUAAACUACCAGAUUAAGUGUAUAAAAAGCAUAAAUAAAAAACAACACUUGUGAACUAUGCUUUUCUCCAAAUAGA